ACAUCUGUGAUUAGUUAGUAAGCUUCUGCUGUGGUUUCAAGCUUACAAUCUGUUUUACAGCCUGCUGCAGAAGCGGCGGUUUACGAACGACACGCCGGUGAAACUGCAGCCCGCUUCAAUCACGUCCCAUCAUAGUUUGGACUUUCAGAACCAAACCUUCUGCGGAAAAGUGUCCUCAGCUUUAAAUCAUCGGUUUUGUCCCAGCCAUGGCUGUGAACGUGUUCUCGACAUCAGUGACAAGUGAUAACCUCAGCCGCCAUGACAUGCUCACAUGGAUAAACGAGUCUUUACAGAUGAGCCAUGCCAAGAUCGAGCAACUGUGCUCAGGUGCUGCUUACUGUCAAUUCAUGGACAUGCUGUUCCCAUCAUGUCUUCCACUGAAGAAAGUCAAAUUCCAGGCCAAACUUGAGCACGAAUAUAUCCAUAACUUCAAACUCCUUCAAGGCAGCUUCAAAAAGAUGGGAGUUAGCAAAAUUAUUCCUGUUGACAAGCUUGUGAAGGGCAAGUUCCAGGAUAACUUUGAGUUUGUGCAGUGGUUUAAAAAGUUCUUUGAUGCAAAUUAUGACGGGAAGGAAUAUGAUCCGGUGGCGGCUCGACAGGGACAAGAAACUGCCACCAGUCAGAGUUCAGUGGCAGCUACAGCUAACAAGCCAAGGAAACCCACCUCAGACAUCACACCUGCAGUCAAGCCAAUGGCCCCUGUUGCUCCACAGCGUUCAGCCGCAGCACCUAAAUCUGCACCAAAGACAUCUCCAGCUGCAACGAGAGGCGCGGGAACAGGCGGCGGCGAUGAAGAGAAAGGAGCACUUACUCAGAUGGUAAAUGACCUGAAGGCUACUAUUGCUGACAUGGAAAAGGAAAGGGAUUUCUACUUUGGCAAACUGAGAAACAUCGAGCUCAUCUGCCAAGAGAAAGAGGGUGAGGGUGAUCCUACACUGCAAAGAAUUGUGGAUAUUCUGUAUGCCACAGAUGAAGGUUUUGUAAUUCCAGAGGAUGAGGGAGGAGAACCAGAAGAGUUUUGACCAAUCCAGGGGUGACGGUUUUAAAAAAAAAAGAGACCCCACUGGACACACAAAUGUACAUACUGGCUGAUUCCUCCUGUUCUGCUGCACUUGCCUUUGGUCCAUCAUUUUGGACUUUGACUUUUUGAAUGUCUUUUUAUUCAGGGAAGUUCUAUACCUUGAAUUUUCAGCUUUUUUAUUGACCAUCAAAACAAAAUUAUUUUUGUGAAUGGAAAAAUAAAGUACUUAUCAAAGGCUGUUUGUAUAAAGCAGUCUACUGAGGUCUGACUUGCAAAUGACUAAACAAACCCACGGUAUUGUAUUCAAAUAUGAGCAAGCUGUUCUGAUCUGGUACAGCAAUCAGGUCUGCUUCUGUUGUUAUCUAGUUUCUGAUCUGUACAUUUGACUGCUAGUGAGCUACAUUUGACCAGUUGUGAGCGACAGUCACUUCCUCUAAAUAAGCUGUGAAGCAGGAUGUGUGUCAACCUUUUGCAUUUCCCUUUUACAAGUACAUGAGACCAUGAGGAACCACUUGACAGUCAUGAGAGGCCUUGGGUUUGAGCCGUGUGAUGUCGUCAUCACUUUGUCUUAACUGGUCAAAGCUAUAAAUGCCACCGUCAUCAGGCAUUUUGAAGCUAAAUCUGAGAAAGCUAGGGGUUUUUUUUUGGUUGCAUGCUUUUUUACAUUUGCAGGGUUCCCACACCUUGGUUAACUUAAAUACAAGGACCUUUCAAUGACUCUCCAGGUCCAAUACCCUCAAAUUCAAGGACUUCAAAUUCAAGUGAGUGCAAGGUUACAUCUUGUUACCUUGCACGAUACGUUGUUACAUUUUUUAUGUGUCAAACACAAUGCAAAAAAGGUGGGGUUUUUUUGCAUUUAUUUUUGGCCAUAUGCCACUGAUCUGAUAAAAGUGUGCGUAACUAGCCUAAAACAAGCCAGCUAGUAUGCAUAGGCCACAAAGUGUUGGUGAAAUAACACAUCAGCGGACCGGAGGGAAUAAUAUGGAAUUUUUUUGCACAAAAUAAAUUUAAGCACUUUCAAGGACCUGUAUCUAUGUAUGUUUAUUUUUUAAAACUUUACAGGGCCUUGAAUUUUUUUUUCAGAUUCACAAGCUUGCCAGCAUUUCAAGGACCCGUGGAAACCCUGCAUUUGACAUCCCACAUUUGCUAUGUAUUAAAAUCAUACACAUCCAAAAAAAAAAAAAAAGUAAAUAAUGUGACUUUU